AAAGAAUUCAUUCGUGUGAUAAGAUGUUUGUGCUAGGAGUGACAGCCGUUUUAAUUUUGUGCAUUGUAGCCUUUCUGAUUUGGUGGCAGAAAUCAGCAAGGCUGUAUUGGGAGAAAAAUGGGGUAUCCUACAUUCCAGGUCCUCCCUUAAUUGGUAUCCCAAAAGACUGUAUGAUGUUAAAGAAGAACUGUGGAGAGCUUUUUAUGGAAAUCUAUAAUAACGAAAAGUUCAAAGAUGAACCAAUUACUGGGGUUUACUUUUUCAAUAAACCGAGUUUGGUUGUUCGGCAUCCUGAACUGAUUAAGAAAAUCCUUAUAAAGGAUUUUUCAAAUUUUAUGGACAGGACUUUAAGUGGUGAUCCGUAUCACGAUGUAAUUGGUAUGGAUAACCUCUUUUUAGUAAAAGGACAACGUUGGAAAACAAUUCGGCAUAAACUUUCCCCCAUCUUUACAACGGGAAAAGUGAAAAAUUUCUUCCUAUUGAUGAUGGAAGUAAUCAAAAUUUUAGAGCAAAAGCUCGCAGAGGAAAUUGGUGAUGAACCUCAAGAGUACGAUGCGAAGGAACUCGCUUCAUUGUAUACAACAGACACAUUAUCUCUAUGUGCCUUUGGAGUACAGGCCAAUAGUCUUUUAGAUCCUAAAGCUGAUAUCCACGAGAAUAUCAAAAGAGCUAUUGAUUUUAACUGGCAGCGUGGUUUAGUCUAUCUUUUAAGCUUCUUUCUUCCCAAAUUAUCAAGCGUUUUUGGCUUAAUAUUAUUCUCAAAGGAAACGAAUGAUUUUCUCAGAUCCACAAUUAACAAUGUUAUGGAAGAACGCAUUAAAAGUGGCAUAAAACGCAAUGAUCUCAUUGAUACUCUUAUUGCUAUGAAUAAAGAAGAUUCUGAUUUGUACAAAGGCGACACUCUUGUGGCUCAAGCUGCUAUUUUUCUAGCUGCUGGAUAUGAAACAUCUUCUUCCGCAAUAUCCUUUGCUCUGUAUGAAUUAGCUCAGAAUCCAGAAGUCCAAGAAAAGCUCAGACAAGAAAUCAAUUCUUAUAUCGAAAAAUAUGGUUCAGUUCAAUAUGAGACAAUUCAUGAAAUGGAAUAUUUACAUUACGUUGUUCAAGAAACUCUUCGAUUGUACCCUAACCUGACAUUUUUGGAUCGAAAUUGCACUCCAACGGAUGGAAAAAGCUCAUAUUCACUGGAACCAUAUCAUAAGUUUGCAAUUCCUCGUGGAAUGCCCGUCUAUAUUCCCGCAAUGGCCAUUCAACGAGACCCAAAUUAUUUCCCAGAUCCAUUAAAAUUCAUCCCCGAAAGAUUUGAAUCAAAAAGUUCGUUGCAUCAAAGUAACUUCUUAUCUUUUGGGAUUGGACCAAGAGAAUGUAUUGGAAAGAGGUUUGCAUAUUUUCAAGUUAAACUGUCUCUUGUAACGAUUUUACGUCACUACAAGGUUGAAGCUUCAGAGAGAACUCCAAAAACAAUUAAACUUGAUAGGAAAGCCGUGGUCCUCCGUUCUGAAGAACCACUUUAUAUUAAUUUAUCUAGAAUUUAAUCAUUCGCUGAUGUAAUAGAAUUUUAAUGAUUUUAAAAAAUAACUAAAAAAAACUUAAAGAUGUAGCUAUAUUUUAUAUUCUGGUUUUGUUUUAUGUUUUAUUGACAGAAGUUUUAUAA